CACACACUUGCUCCCUCACUCACUCCCUCACAUACACACAGGUCUCCUGUGCUGUCAUUCCUUCUCUCUGGAUUAGCUUGUGGCAGAUGGUGCAGAAUGUCUUGGUCGGGGUGGAUUCUACUUGUAUGUUUUGGGGUACUCACAGGAGGAGCCAGUAGAGCUCUCGCUGAAGGGUCUGGCCCCACAGAGAGGAACUGCUCCGCUGUUCCACAAUAUCUCCCUCCGACGGCGGUGAACACCACACUAGUGCUGCAGGCUCUGAGAGAUGCCAUGAGGGAGCAGAACAUCACAGCCUACAUCAUCCCUGGCACAGAUGCCCAUCUGAGUGAGUACAUUGCUCCACGGGAUGCUCGGGUCGCCUUAAUGUCUGGCUUCACCGGUUCAGCAGGCACAGCGGUGGUGACACUGACCAGAGCCACGCUGUGGACAGAUAGCCGAUACUGGGUCCAGGCUGAGCGGCAGCUGGACUGUAACUGGGAGCUGGAGAAAGACGUCUCCAUACGCAGCAUCACAAACUGGCUCAUCCAAGUGGUUGAGGAGGGGGAAGAGAUCGGCUUUGAUCCCUAUGUCUUCUCAGUCAAGACGUUCAGCUCUUAUAACGUCAACCUGUCCCCCGCCAGCCUGAAGCUGAAGUCCAUUCCUGCCAACCUGGUAGAUAAAGUAUGGACCAAUCGGCCAGCUGUCCCCCCAGACAACCUUGUGCGUCUACCGGACAACAUCAUCGAAAGGACUUGGCAAGAGAAGGUAACACAUAUCAGGAACACGAUGAAGGAGAGCCCUUACAAGCCCACCGCUGUUCUUCUCUCCGCUCUCGACGAAACUGCCUGGCUCUUUAACCUUCGAGGGAAUGAUAUUCCAUACAACCCAUUCUUCUAUUCCUAUACCCUGGUGACUACAGAUGAGAUCUGGCUGUUUGUGCACACAGCUCGUGUGACAGACGAGCUGAAGACAUACUUGAACGCAAGCUGUUGGACGCCUGACUGUGUGCAGCUGCUUGAGUACGGUACGGAACGAAGCCUCCUGGAAUCCUACCUAAGACGGUCCGGUGUAAAGGUGUGGGUGGGGACAGAGUACACCAACCAGGCGCUCUACGAGCUCAUCCCGGAGGACAAGUUAAUGAUCACUGAUUACUCACCAGUACUCACCACCAAAGCUGUGAAGGACCCCACAGAGCAGCGCAUCCUCCGAGAGGCACAUAUUAGGGACGCGGUGGCAGUCAUGGAGUUCCUGAUCUGGCUGGAGAAGACUGUCCCCGGGGGAAAAGAGACCGAGCUCACAGCCGCACAUUAUGUCAACGAGUGCCGCAAAAAACAGGCCCUCAGCAGGGGUCCCAGCUUUGAGACCAUCUCUGCCAGUGGACCCAACGCUGCUCUUGCACACUACAGUCCUGCUGAAGGGACGGCACGAGCGCUGACUGUAGAUGAGAUGUACCUUGUGGAUUCUGGCGGCCAGUACCUGGACGGAACAACUGACAUCACCCGAACAGUACAUUGGGGCACCCCCACUGACUUUCAGAGGGAGGCCUUUACCCGAGUGCUGAUGGGGAACAUUGAAAUUUCUAGAAACAUCUUCCCUGAUGGAACAAGAGGCGUCAACAUGGAGAUGCUGGGCCGCCGGGCAUUGUGGGAGGUCGGACUGAACUAUGGUCACGGUACAGGCCACGGCGUGGGCAAUUACUUUGGAGUUCAUGAAUGGCCUGUGGGUUUCCAGUCCAACAAUAUUCCCUUUAAAGAGGGCAUGUUCACUUCUAUAGAGCCUGGAUACUACAAAGAGAAUGACUUUGGCAUUAGAAUUGAGGAUGUUGCUGUCUUGGUUCCAGUUAAGACACCGUACGGCAAUAACUUCUUGACCUUCGACACUGUGUCUCUGGUUCCCUAUGACCGGAAGCUGAUCAACACUUCAAUCAUGAGUCCGCAGCAGCUGCAGUGGCUGGACCGCUACUACCUGUCCAUCCGUGAGACGAUGGGGCCGGAGCUGGAGCGGCAGGGCCUGAAGGAGGUGCAGGAGUGGAUGAUGAAGCACACGGAGCCCUUCCAGAGCCCCACCUCCUCCGCCUCAGUGUGCUCCCUCUCCCUGCUCCUCUACCUCAUCCCCACUGCACUCAUCCACCACAUCCUCUGAGACGCUCCUCUCCUCCGCCUCGCGCUCUUCACUUUGAUCUCCGUUUUGUUUGUGUCUUUCACGCACUGUUUCUCUUCACAUCAUCAUGUUGUUUUCACUGGGACUCCAUCACCUGCUUGUUUAAGACUGUUUUCCUCUUUUGUCCGCACCUCUGGUCUAUAUCUUUUACCUGUUCUGGGUUUUCUACAUUGAUUGUCUCGCUUCUUUAGUAAUAUGGGUUUCAAUCAUAAACAACCUCCUCAUUUGUCUGUGAGUUAUUGUGAUGUGCUCAUACUGUAAGUCAGCAUUCAUGUUCAAUUAAGAUAUUGUGAUUUUGUUCAUUUUCUUCUUACACUGUAAUUUAAUUUUGUUUAUGAGCUGUAAAAAGCCAAAUAUGUGUGUAUUCAGAAAAAAAGUCUAUUCUUAUUUAUAAUUUAAUAAAAAAUGACAACAACGCUUGCA